AUGAGAGUUUUGGCGGUGAGUGAUCUCCAGGGAAACUGGGACGCUCUUUAUGAUAUUAUAUGCGCUCAUCCGAACGUCGAGGCCAUUGUUCAUACGGGAAACUUGGGGUUCUGGAACUCUUCAACGGUUGAAUCAGCUACUGACGUGAACUACUUAAAGCAGAUUGUGGCUUUUCUGGAGGUGCUACCAAAGGAGGUUGUGGCAGAGCUUAAUGAUUUGCUGACGAUAAACAACGCCCAGGAUCUAGGAACGGCAAACCUGGUGCUUGCAGAGUUUAAACUGAAGCUCUUACUGGAGACACCGUUGAAGCACUUGGACGACUAUAUGGCUGGCCAUAAACGGUUGCCUUGCCCUGUUUAUACGACGAUUGGGCCUCUAGACGAUCCAUAUAUUGUGGAAAAGUUCGUGGAAGGCUCGUGGCAGGUUCCUGGAUUGCACAUUCUCGACCAUAACCAUAGUUACCUUUUGGAGUCCAAGUCCAAGGCGCCGCCAAUUAGACUAUAUGGAAUUGGAGGUAACUUAAAGGUGCACAGUUUAUUCGAUAGCGGCAAGCUUGGGCUUAAUUCUGUGGCUGGAAAGGUUGGUGAUUUGUGGAUCACGCUAGCUCAGGUGGCUCAAUUGUACGUACACAUGGACCUGAAGGACGAGAAGGCGGUGAAUAUCUUUGUUUCUCAUUCGCCAGUGAUGAAGAACCCGCUUCUAGAACAUAUUGCUAUUAUCACUGGCGCUGAUUAUACCAUCUCGCAAGGCCUUCAUUUUAGGUACCCCGUUUCUGGAAACGGUAUGAGUUUUGUGGACAGUAUGGGCGGCCUGGCCGGGUACAUUGAAAAUUAUAGACUGAAGUUUUCUCGUCUUCGGAUGAUUUUGGGCGAGUUAUGGGUGAUUAUCAAGGAUGAUGUGGCCAGGGUUUUAGAGGCUUCGGGUAACGCCGACCUCCAGAAACUCGUGGAGCUUGGACUUUCCGUAUUUGAUAAGAUACCAAUUACUAUUAGUGAUUCUACAGAAAAAAUCGUGCGUCUUACAUUACACGACGAAGAAGACGACGAAGACGAUGUGGACAUGAGCAAGCAGACGCUCAAAAAGGUGAACGACAUGUACUUUGCCGCGUACUACAACUUGUGGCACUUCAAUCUCUGUGACUAUGUGAUCAGAGAUGACGAAGACGAGGAAGAAGAUUUCAACCUUAUCAUUUUCAGGCUCAAGAACAACGGAAACUUUGCCUUGGAGCACUGCAACAGUUCUGGGUUCAAUUUCCGCCGAGAAGAGCCCGAAAUCGAAGAAGAAGAGUAUUUUGAAGAAGACGACGCCCUCAGAAGAACCAAGGACCUCUUGAACAGCACCUACAAGGAUUACCGGAGCCGAGGCCGGAGCGGCCCGACCAAAACAUCCAGAGGAGGCACCUUCAGGCCCCGUGGAAAGCUCCGCUAG